CGCAAAAUUCCUCGCCGAACAAAUAACCCAUCAUGUUUAACAAACAAGAAUUGUAUAAGAUAUGAAAGAUGUGAACGAUUGGUGCCCCGCGGCAUACUAAUUAUUGUGCGAAAUUUCCAGCGUUUCGUUAUUACGCCGACUGCCGGUCAUUCCGCGCAAAUCUCAUAAAAAUUGCGGAGAUCCUUGACAUUACACUGUGAAACAACCCAUCUUCAUCAAGAUAUAAAUACAAGUUCCGCGCCCGGAUCUGUUUCAUUCAUCAAAUUCUUUCGAGGUCGCAGUGUUUCGGUUUUCGGCGUUAUUACGACUAUUAUGUUCUCGAUUUAUAAGUUGACGUCACAGGUGCUGCUAAUUUGCUCGCUGAUCGUAUCGGCGCUUUCGGCGCCCACCUUUUUUAAACACGGCGGAUAUGGCCACGGGGGCGGAUACGGAGGCGGUUACGGCCACGGCGGCGGCGCCACCGUCAUAGUCGUUAAGAAGGUCUACACGGGGUACGGUGGGCAUCACGGCGGGUACCACGGGGGACAUCACGGCGGCGGUUACGGAGGAGGUUAUGGCGGGGGAUUCGGAGGCGGUUACGGCGGAGGAUUUGGAGGCGGUUUUGGAGGCGGAUUCGGUGGCGGUUUUGGUGGGGGCUUUGGCGGUGGAUUCGGUGGGGGGAAAGGCUGGGGAAAAUAGCAAACUGCCGCGUUUUAGAUCGUAAUAAAGGUUUUCGUUCGCUCGCGGCGUUUUUUUUAUUCGUAAAAAUAAUACCGUCCAUCCGUGAAUAAAACCAACCAAAACUUAAAUAAAUAUGUUAAUAAUAAUAAUCGACAA